GUCUUUUAUGACUUGAACCGAGUAGCUACGCAAGCAGAAGUCUGUUUAAGAAAAUCAAAGGCCACCCCAUCCAGUGGAGAGGCUUCGGAGCCAACUUCACUGGAAGUUGCUGUAGUGGUGACACAAGAGAUCAAACUCGUUUUUCGGAAAUUUGACUCUAACGAUGAUGGAAAGAUCUCGUCAUUGGAGCUAGGCGCCAUCUUCGAUAGCCUAGGGCACACGGCGUUAGCUGUGGAGCUCGCUCAAGUGAUGAGCGAGGUCGAUGCCGACAAUGAUGGCUUCAUCAGUCUUGAGGAGUUCGUGGAUCUGAAUACUAGCAAGGUUGAUUCCAUAGCAGCACUCAAGGAUCUCCGCCACGCUUUCUCUGUCUUCGAUCUUGAUCGCAACAGAUCGUUAUCGGCGGAGGAGCUCCCACGCGUGAUGCACGGCCUCGGCGAAGGGGUUUUCGUCGUGCAAUUCCAGAAGAUGACAGAUGGCAUCGAUCAGGAUGGCAACGACUUCGUUACUUCGUAGGAGGUGUGUCGCUUCUUCGGCUCCUUUGUGGUUGUUCGACUGCACUCCUUCGACGAUUUUCCCUUUCGGUCGGAUCGAAAGUUUCGCUCCUUCGGCUCGUUUGUGGUUGUUCGACUAUCCUCCUUCGACGUCUCUCUCGUUCGGCUUCGGGUGCUUCACAGGAGGCGCUUUUUCGGCUCCUUUCGUGAUGUUCAUCUACGCUCGCGCAAGUUUGGACCCUGCUGCGACGCCGGUGUUUAGCGGAAUCGAAGCUUCCGUCUGGGGCAGCAACUGGCAGGAUCGAGGGUUUCGUCCGUGGUUGCGCUUGCAUCUUGAAGGGUCCGCGGCUUCUUGCAGCGUUAGAAGCUUGGAACAUUCGGCAAUGAAGGCCGCCCGAUUUUCUUUGGCUCUGAUAUCAUGUUAGAAUUCAUAGAAUUUGAUAAGGGUAAAAACACCUACUAAUUAUUAUACAAAAUUAUCCCUAUUUAUAGAUCUAUACAAGAUGUCUUAAUAAAAAAAUAAAUAACUUCUAAUUGAUACAUAAUUGCCUCAAUAUAAUCCUUCCUAAUUCAGCUACCCAAAUAUAGAAGGAUAUUAGCGUGAUCUAGGUGAGCCUCCCACGGAUUCUCAUCCUGACCGUGGGAUCAAAUGUCAAUGGAUGACUGAGAUUUUGACAA